AUGUCUACAUCUUUGAACAACCAUGUAGAUAUCCAUCAUAGACCGUCCAGCAUGAUUGAUGAUUUGAGACAAAGGGCAUUUGUGGACAAGGCAGACACAGAAGUCUAUGGCGUCAAACGAUGGGUCAACUCGGUUAUUAAGCUGUACGAGCAGACCAAGGGAGAUUCAGCUAUCCUCAACAACGACCUGGAAAGUGCUUACGUCUCGUAUAUGAGAGGCUGUAGUAUCAUGGUGGAGAUUAUCAAAUUUCAUUCGUGCUAUCAUCAAGUGAGACAGGAUCCAGUGUUUCUUGGCUUGAAAAAGAGGACGAACGAGGAGAUAUUUGCGCUACUACAGGAUUUGGCAUUGAGAAUUGAAGCCUGGUAUCACUUAUCGAGACAGCAAAACCAGCUCCAGCAGCCCUACUACACCAAUCCUUAUCUUCAUACCAACCCCACCCAUGCCAUGACACAAACUGCAUCCUACGCCUACAUCCCAAGCCAUGAUCCACAAAAUUAUCCACAUUACUCGCUCAAUGAUUUGCCAGCAGCAGCAACAACAACAGUAGCACCGACAACUCAGAUACCACAAUAUAGCAUGAAUCAGUUGGUGCACAACGCAGCCAAUUUACAGCUGUCCGAGAAUCAUGUCAUUCAGCUGCCAUCAUGGACAAACAACCAGUUCUCCGAUAUGCCAGUGAUUGAACCUAUUGAACUGGCCAAGCUGAUCACUACAAAGACAAGUCCACCCAGUGUUCUGUUAAUUGAUGUCAGAACAAGGGAAGCGUUCAAGAAUGGCUGCAUCAAACAUCAGUGGAUCAUUCAAGUCGAGCCUAUCGUGCUGCAACAUGACGUCAUGACGAUCAAGAUUCAAGAAUCCCUACUGCAGAAUCCAGAGGCUGAACAGACGUUAUUUGCAGAGAGAGCCCGCUUUGAUUUGAUUGUGUAUUACGACCAGAAUAGCAAGACACUGGAGACAGCUUACAAACCAGCGUACAAUAUGAGACGGGCAUUGGCAUCUGGACAGCUCAAGCACCCUCCAAAGAUGCUGGCAGGUGGAUUUGAUGCGUGGAUGUCAAUGGUAGGUGAACGAGGAGUGUAUCGAUUUCCGACUCAAAAAGAAAAGAAGCACUGGUUCAAGUCAAGCAGCAGUACCAGCAGUAACAGCACACAUUCCUCCAGAGAGCAUGACACGCAUCAUUCACUGUACGACUAUUUUACUGGCAAGGGUGGUAGUCAUCCGCCCAUGCAGCACUACAGCAGCAACCCUAUUUCAAAACCACAGCCUCUUCCCACUGCUCCACGCAAAGAAUCGCAAACAACAAGAUAUCCUGAGCUCCUGGUAUCCAACGAAUUGCCCGCCCAGCAACAACAAUCUAGAGACAUUAGCCCUAUACCACCCUCUUAUCCAAAAUUACAUAGACGUAGAACAUUUAUAGAUAAUCCAUUCAACGGCUUUACAACCACCACGAGUAAACUAUACGAUAUACCACCCAUGGCCUAUCAUCAUGGACAGACAACCACGCCACCACCAACAGCACAGGCAGCACCCACAUCAGCAACGAGCACCAACCUCCAAAUACAGACAAGACCGUCAUCUGCUGAACCUACCGUCUCCAUCAGCCGGCCAUCUGCUUUAGCAGAGUUCCAUCAUGUGUCUACCAACAACAUCCAUUCCUCCAGCAGCCCAAUCAUCAGCUCUUCCUUUUCUCAACUCAAUUCUGUGGUGACGAUUGGAACAACUGGAUUAAAGAACUUGGGAAACACAUGCUACAUGAACUCGAUUGUUCAGUGCUUGAGCGGUACCGUUCCCUUGGCAAGGUAUUUGACAUCUGGUGUCUAUAGACAACAUAUCAACAAAGUUAACAAAAAGGGGACUGGAGGUGCCCUAGUAGAGGCCUUUGCUGUGCUGGUGCGAUCGAUGUGGAGUGAAAACUACAAGUUUAUAUCGCCCAUGACGUUUCGAGAGACCAUCAUGCGAUUUGCGCCUCUUUUCAGGAACAACGAUCAGCAUGAUUCUCAAGAGUUUUUGAUAUUUCUACUAGAUGGCCUGCACGAGGAUUUGAAUACCAACAUCAGCAACAAGGGACUACCGCCGCCCUUGAUCCCAGACGAUGCUGAAUUCGAGAAACUACCUGACUGGCAAGCCAGCGCUCUCUCGUGGGAUCGCUAUGUGGCGACCAAUUCUAGCAUCAUCGUCAGCUUGUUUCAAGGACAGUAUCGCAGCCGACUUAUAUGCUACACUUGCAAACAUACAUCCACUACGUACAACACGUUCAUGUCUCUCUCGCUACCUAUACCAAGCAAAAAACUGCGGUUGUCCAGCGUCACUUUAUACCAGUGCCUAGACUACUUUGUCAAGGAAGAGACACUGGAUAAAGAAGACGCCUGGCGAUGUCCCAAAUGCGAAAAGAAACGUAAAGCGACCAAGCAGUUGACACUGACUCGAUUGCCCGAUGUGUUGCUGAUCCAUUUGAAACGGUUCUCGAUGGAUGGGCACUUUAGAAACAAGCUGGAUGCCACAGUGAGAUGCGCUACAAGGGGCUUGGAUCUAUCGGGUUAUGUUCCGACAUCAAUGACCCCUUCACCACCUCAAGAUCGACCCUCGUUUGUGUAUGAUCUAUAUGCUGUAUCGAACCAUUAUGGAUCCAUCAGCGGAGGGCAUUAUACUGCUUGUGUUAGAGAUGGCUACAGCGACAAAUGGCACUAUUUUGAUGACAGCAAAAUGUACCUGGUGGAGGAAUCCAAAGUGGUGACAAAGGCCGCGUACAAUCUAUUUUACGUGCGAUCCAAGGUUAAAUAG